AUGAAAAGCUCAUUAAGUUAUUUGUUUUUAACAACACUACUGCUAACAUCACUCUUUCAUCAAAAUAUCUCAGCAGCAUCACCAAACAAUACUGAUGAUGGAGCUACUAGAUGCAUUGGAUUGCGCUGCCUGAGUAUUUUUAUCAACGACGAAGCCGAUCUGUUCAUGGAUCAACUGGCAAAAUCAAAAGGAAAUCCUAACAUCAUGAAUACUAUGGUUGCUAGUAAACUUUCAUUUAGCUGUGGACCAAACAAAUACUACCUAGGCAGUUCAUGUGUUAAGAAUCCUAGCCCUCAGUAUAUAAAACUUAAUGGAAGGUGUGACCGAAAGUAUAGAGCAUAUCAGCCAGGCUGUCCUUAA